AUGUGGGCAUCAUUCGCCGCAGGGCUUGCGGUGCCUGUGCUUAUCCUGACCGUGAUGCUGGUCUUUACAGGCGUUUCGUACCGGUUCGGAGACGUAUGCCAUAUCAACAGUAACGACAGCUACGAUUACUGGAUUCCAGUGUUGGUAUUUGGUGGACUCGGGCUUAUUUUACAAUUUGUGACUAUGGCCUACUGCAUUCACGUUUACAUUCGCGCACUUUUCAAUCCAUCUGACCCGACAAACACCACCAGCUCGGGUCUUCCAUCCUACUCAUCCAGUGUCCGUACAGUGACAGCCCGCCAGGCCUACAAGCGCGUAAAACGAGUUAUCAAACUACAAUGGCGGUCGAUGGCCCUUGUGUUGGUCAUUCUUGCCAAUGUCAUCUAUUUCGCCGUAGUCUUCCUGGAGCUCGACAGCGCAAUGGCACCAACUGCCAGUAACCUCGAUAAAGCCGAGCCGUGGCUGAAAUGUUUGGCGGAAUUUCAAGAUCCCAAAAAAUGUACGUCGCAAGCGUCUGCCGUUGGUCUUCCCGAGGCCGCGUUGGACGCAGCAUUGGUGUUGCUCUGCCUAGCUGGCUUUUGGAAUUUCAUCUUUACCAUACGCUGGACAAUGAUUCGAGGCUGGCUUGACUUCUGGCAAGGACUGUUUGUCAAAAACGUGGAGUUUGUGUCAGUAGAUGCACGAUCUCGCUUUGCAGACAAUCGCGAUUAUGAGAUGCUCAGCCGUCAGAAAGCUUUGAAGACGCCUGAGCCGGCACAGUAUGAGGUACGAACACCCAGCCCGGCAUACUUCAAUGGAUACGAAGACGACAGUGCCGAUGGGAAAGACAUCGAAAUCCAUAAUCAUUCCCGGCAGGCCAGUUAUACCCGGCCUGCAAUAAACUUCUCCUCGCCACGUCCUCAGGCGUCACAGAGAACUCCUACCUAUACAUGGGAUGCCACUAGCACUUUUGCGCGGUCAAAUUCCCAAAUCAGUCAUCAUAAUCAUGUAUCCAAAUAA